GGCAGCUCCGCUCCUUCGCCUCCCCAGCCGCACCGAGAUGGCGGACCCAGCCGAAUGCAGCAUCAAAGUGAUGUGCCGGUUCCGGCCCCUCAACGAUGCGGAGAUUCUCCGCGGGGACAAAUUUAUCCCCAAAUUCAAAGGCGAGGACACGGUCGUCAUUGGGCAAGGGAAACCCUAUGUCUUUGAUAGAGUGUUACCUUCCAAUACAUCCCAAGAACAAGUCUAUAAUGCUUGUGCCAAACAGAUUGUUAAAGAUGUUCUGGAGGGCUACAAUGGUACAAUUUUUGCUUAUGGUCAAACAUCUUCAGGAAAAACACAUACCAUGGAGGGGAAGUUACAUGACCCACAGCUAAUGGGAAUAAUUCCAAGAAUUGCACAUGACAUCUUUGAUCACAUCUAUUCCAUGGAUGAAAACCUAGAAUUUCACAUAAAGGUUUCCUACUUUGAGAUUUACUUGGACAAAAUAAGGGACUUACUGGAUGUUUCAAAGACAAACCUUGCAGUACAUGAAGACAAGAACAGAGUUCCAUAUGUCAAGGGCUGUACAGAGAGGUUUGUCUCUAGUCCUGAAGAAGUUAUGGAUGUCAUUGAUGAGGGGAAAACAAACCGCCAUGUAGCUGUUACAAAUAUGAAUGAACACAGUUCUAGAAGUCAUAGUAUCUUCCUAAUUAAUAUCAAACAAGAGAAUGUUGAAACCGAAAAAAAACUCAGUGGAAAGCUUUAUCUGGUAGAUUUGGCUGGAAGUGAAAAGGUCAGCAAGACUGGGGCAGAGGGUUCUGUUCUCGAUGAAGCUAAAAAUAUUAAUAAGUCUUUGUCUGCUUUGGGCAAUGUUAUUUCAGCACUAGCAGAAGGAACUAAAACUCAUGUCCCAUAUCGAGACAGCAAAAUGACCCGAAUUCUUCAAGACUCCUUAGGAGGGAAUUGUAGAACCACCAUUGUCAUCUGUUGUUCCCCAUCAAUCUUCAAUGAAGCAGAAACCAAGUCUACUCUAAUGUUUGGACAAAGAGCCAAGACUAUUAAAAAUACAGUCUCUGUGAAUCUUGAACUGACUGCUGAAGAAUGGAAGAAAAAAUAUGAGAAGGAGAAGGAAAAAAAUAAGACACUAAAGAAUGUUAUCCAGCAUCUGGAGAUGGAACUGAACAGGUGGAGAAAUGGAGAGGCUGUUCCUGAGGAUGAGCAGAUCAGCGCUAAAGACCAAAAGAACUUGGAACCAUGUGACAAUACGCCCAUCAUCGAUAAUAUUGUACCUGUUGCUGCCAGUAUCUCAACUGAAGAAAAGCAGAAAUAUGAUGAAGAGAUUACUAGUCUCUACAGACAGUUGGACGAUAAGGAUGAUGAAAUUAAUCAGCAGAGUCAGCUGGCUGAGAAACUAAAGCAACAGAUGUUGGAUCAAGAUGAGCUCUUGGCUUCCACUAGGAGAGAUUAUGAGAAGAUCCAAGAGGAACUCACUCGCCUUCAGAUUGAAAAUGAAGCUGCAAAGGAAGAAGUAAAAGAAGUUCUUCAGGCUCUGGAGGAGUUGGCUGUUAAUUAUGACCAGAAGUCACAAGAAGUGGAGGACAAGCUGAGAACUAAUGAACAGCUGGCUGAGGAACUGUCACAGAAAACUUCUGCCCUGACAACUACACAGAGAGAGUUGGGACAACUGCAAGAACUCAGUAAUCAUCAGAAAAAGAGAGCUACUGAAAUCUUGAAUUUACUGCUUAAGGACCUUGGAGAGAUAGGAGGAAUCAUUGGUACUAAUGAUGUCAAAACGUUAGCAGAUGUGAAUGGAGUGAUUGAGGAGGAAUUCACGAUGGCACGGCUCUACAUCAGUAAGAUGAAGUCUGAGGUGAAAUCUCUGGUGAACCGCAGCAAGCAGUUGGAGAGUACCCAGAUAGACUCCAACAGGAAGAUGAAUGCCAGUGAGAGGGAACUUGCUGCCUGUCAGCUCCUUAUUUCACAGCACGAAGCAAAGAUCAAGUCUCUCACAGACUACAUGCAGAACAUGGAGCAGAAGCGAAGGCAACUCGAAGAGUCACAGGACUCACUUAAUGAAGAGCUAGCCAAAUUGCGGGCUCAAGAAAAAAUGCAUGAAGUGAGUUACAAAGAUAAAGAGAAAGAACAUUUGACCUUGCUGCAAGAUGCAGAGGAAAUGAAGAAUACACUGGAACAGCAGAUGGAGAGUCACAGGGAAGCUCACCAGAAGCAGCUGUCUAGGCUGAGAGAUGAGAUUGAGGAGAAGCACAAAAUCAUCGAUGAGAUCAGAGAUAUGAAUCAGAAGCUGCAGCUGGAACAAGAAAAACUGAGUUCUGACUAUGAAAAAUUAAAAGUAGAAGAUCAAGAACGGGAAAAGAAGUUGGAAAAGCUCAUAUUGCUUAAUGAUAAAAGGGAACAAGCAAGGGAAGAUCUUAAGGGACUGGAAGAAACUGUGGCAAGAGAACUUCAGACCCUCCAUAACCUACGCAGACUCUUUGUUCAAGAUCUCACCACCCGAGUUAAAAAAAGUGUUGAAUUGGAUAGUGACGAUGGAGGUGGAAGUGCUGCUCAGAAACAGAAAAUUUCCUUUCUGGAAAACAACCUGGAACAACUUACAAAGGUUCACAAACAGUUGGUACGUGACAAUGCAGAUCUUCGCUGUGAGCUUCCUAAGUUGGAAAAACGUCUUCGAGCGACAGCAGAGAGAGUGAAAGCCUUGGAGAGUGCCCUAAGGGAAGCCAAGGAGAAUGCCAUGCGGGACCGGAAACGAUACCAGCAGGAGGUAGAUCGCAUUAAAGAGGCAGUGAGAGCCAAGAACAUGGCGAGGAGAGCACACUCUGCUCAGAUAGCCAAACCUAUACGCCCUGGUCAUUAUCCAGCAUGUUCUCCAACAGCCAUCCAUGCCAUUCGAGGGGGAGGAGGAUAUUACCAGAACAUGAAAUAAAUCCCAGACAGAUCAGGCUCCACUUCGCACAUGAAAAGUUGUCAUCAGCUCACUAGUUCUUUUCCUUUUUGGACUGGAUCUGUACUUCUGUUCAUUGUAUACAUUCUGUCGCCAUCUGCAGUGCACUGGUUUUAAAUAUUUUUCAGCUUUGUAGAAUCUCCAUGUGUACAGAAGUGUGCCAGACCCAACUUUUCUUCUGAAACCAUGUACAGUGUAUUUAACACAUGCACCUAGUCUAACAAUAGGAAUCUGCUGCUCAAACUCUAUCAUUGACUUGACUGCCUUCAACCUCACUGUGCCAGUUAAUGCAGGGCCUUUUAUGCUGGCACUGAUGCUUUUAAUUUUAUUUUACGUGCUUUGGUGCAUCAGUAAAAUCCUGGCACUUGGCAUCAAAGAAUGACCAUUCAAGAACUAUGUGCCAUCAAAAGCAGGUGAUUGUGUUUCAUCAUGAUUUUCUGAUUUCCUGUAUAGUAUGCAUAUUAUUUUAUAUUUUUAGAAGAUGACAGUGUGCAGUUAUAUGGUUUUUUUAAAAAAAUCUAACAUGCUUCCCCCACCCCCCCACCCCACAAAGCCACAUUUUUGAUAUCCUUGUGAAAUCUUUGGACUUGUAUUUAAACAAGAAAAAACUCACUUGGUAGAGAUCAAACUCCAGGGAUGUUGAGGAAUGUGCUAGGGUAGCACUAGAACUUGAGAUUCAGUGAUCACAUGGGUACAUAAUAAUCUCAACGUUUAGUAUUUUAUCUCUUAUAAUGCUUACAUUGAUCAGGUUGUCUGAGAGCCAUGUAGAAGCAUGGUUUUGAUUUAAAUGCAAUUGAAAAAUAGAUUUACAAGAGCAGCUGAAACCAUCUCCACCAUCUUCCUUCCCAGGCUCAAUUUCUUUUUGGUUUUGAGAGACCCUAAUAGUAGUCAGAAAUAUGAGAUAGAAAUCUGCUGUGAUGAAAUGAAAUGUUCUUCAGGAUAUUGAACAGGAGUAAGUAUGCAUGUGUAGUGUGCAGUGGAAAAAAGAAAAUUGAUGGGACGUAUCUUUUUGAGGUGAUGCAUUUAUAACAGUAUAUGCUGGAACGGAACAAUAUGCAAGUCUGCCUAGGGAUAGUAUAGUUUUAGCACAUUCAAUCAAUAGUGAGAUAAUUAGACUUCUUUUGGAUUCUCUCUUAAUGACAGACAUGGAGUGUCAGAUUUAAUUUUUUAGUGGAAGGAAAACAUAACCAUAGAAAACGUAGGUAGGCAGACAGGUAUUAAAUCUGUAGCUUAAUAUGUCUGUUGUGUAUCUUUCACAUGUUACAUAUAUACAUUUACAACCAUUUACAUUAAAAUAUAUUGUCUGGAAAGAAUAUGAAUUUCCAAAUGACUAAAUUGGAGUUUGCAUUCAUUCAGUCCUUAUGCUACUGUGGCUAUACUUUUUUUUGCUUAAUUAUUAUUAACAGUUUCGAGAGCUUCUGAAUGUGUUUGGCUGAUAGACUUUUUUUUUUAAAAAAACUAAUCUGUUCUAAAGCCUUUGGAAAGAUUGUGAAUAGACUUCAGGCAUUUUAUUCUGUUACUGUUUAGAAGCUCUCAACAGUAGCAAAGAUGAUCAGGUUUUGUUUAAUUUAUUAAGGGUUGCACUAUUUGUGGGGGAGGGGAGAUACUUUUGUUACAUAUUUAAUGAAAGAGUGCAGAUUUUACAUUUGUUUUAUUUAUUUUGGUAAGUUUUUUGCAAUUUCUUUUCUUUUCUUAAUAAACAUGUAUAUGCACUGCCAGCAAAUUGAAUUGUGAAUUUGCCAUAUCCAAACCCUAUUCCUGGGAUUAAUGUGGCCAACCUGUUAGUUAUAUAUACUUGACCUCUGUAUUACAAAAUAAAGGUACCAGCAAGCCUCUUGUUGUUUCUCUUACUAAAACAAUGGUCUUACUGCCAGACUAUAGGUCAUAACUACAAUGAGGCUGUUUGAAGCGUUUACCUUGUAGCAACUGCUACAGAAGGUUCUAUCUAUAUGGCUGUUGUAACCUAUAGACCAACUCUUAGAGCAGAACGUGCACCAUUCAUGAAGUACUAUUGUUGUUGCUUUUGUGUAAUUAAGCUGUCAUUGAAUGCUCCCCCUCCCCAUGGCUUUUAUUUAAAUAAUCUUUUAAAAUGGAAGGUCAAUAUUAUGAAUGUUGUCUAUUGAGCAUUAUACCUGUGCAAUCCCCUUUGGAAUGAAUUUGAAUUUAGUGCAGUGAUUUACUCUAGUAAUUUUGUAGUUAAGAACUUUUGAGUUUUGACAUAAGUGUGUGUGUAUCUUAAACUUCCGGGAAAAGUUAGCUUUGAUGCCUUUUUAAGGGCAACAUUCCUGAUACCUCUCUGGAACAGCUAGUUGCUGAUCAGUCACUCAGUUUAUCUAGCUUGAGCCCUUUGAUUGAGGCCUCAGAAUUUACUUUUCCAUUCCAGUUCAAAAUGGCAGAUUCUUUUCUGAAAUGCUGCAAAGAAAUAUUAAAUUGCAAUCCUUAAAGCUGAAUUUUUAGGGUCCACACAUUUUCAUCUCAGUAUUGUGCUAUUGUCCUUCUAUUUUGCUCUAGAGUUACUUUUCUGUAUUAAGAGUUAUGGAUCUAAUUUCUCAAGCACUGUUCUAGUAUGCAUUUUGAGUACUGUUCACUUUAAUUUAUCUCUGCUACUCAAAUGUCAGACAUCUGUGUUCUAUUGAUUUUCACUUUUUUGAGCUAUUUUCCUUUUGCUGUUUUUGUUUCAUAUUCAAAAUGUUUCUUUCAGUUGGAAAGAGAAUGUUAUUUAAAUAGUAGAAAUAAAAUACUUGACAAGUUAAUACACCAUGCUAGUUAGAUGGAAAUUUUCCUACAUGGUUAACUUCAAGUGCACUUUUUAAUUUAGUUUUAUUUAUUUAUUGCCAUGGAGACAAAUUAAAAGAUCAUGACUAGAACUGAUAAUAAUAUGUUUUGCCAAGUGAAGGUUAGAAUGAAUUGUCAUGAACCUAUUAAAUGGAAAUAAAUUAAAGUAUAUUAGCAUCCAAAGCCUGGUUGGUUUUUGAAACAUUUCUGUAUACAUACCUCAGUAAAUGGGAAAACUACUUGAAAAUAUAACUUAACCUUUACAUUUCAUAUAGGAAAUGGUCAGACCUUGAUCUUGGUUGCAUUCUUCCAAGGACUGCUCCUAUAUCUGAGGAUUCUGUGUCAGUUCCCCAUAAAAGCCAUGUUGAGACAGACGUUGUGCAGGGAGAGUAUGCUGAUGCCUUCAUACUCUUCAUAAUACAAAAAUGUUUUAAAGAUAGCCAUUCACAUCAGAGCUGUGAAAGGAUGCUUACAGGGUGAUGAUCUCUCUUUUGUGUUAAUAAUUACCUUUAUUUAAUGCCUUUAUGAAGCUAAAAACACAUUGGACAAACAUGUAUUCUGAACGUCUGUACACCAUACCACUUCCAAGUUUGUGUCUUAUUCCUAAAUCUGUGUCUGUCUUUUUGAAAUACUUUUUAAUAGUGGAAAAUUUGAAAUAAUAGGGAUUCAGGCAUUCUGUAGAAGUAUACAUGUCUAGUUUGUAAAGUAUGUAAUGUGUACUCCAGGUGUGUAUUCUCUGGGAUCUAUGUAUCUGUACAGUAGCUUGUUUUAGAGAGAGAAAAUUGAACUGUAGAUACUUUUCUGAUGGUUACAAUCUGGGGGGAAAUUGCCACUAUUAUAAAAGAUACUGUAAUGAAUAAACCUCUAUAACAUCAGACCUGAACCUCCCUUCCCGUCCCUAUAGAUAAGUCUUUUGAUCUUGGUUCUAAAAUACUAUCUACUAAAAAUGUAUGGAUACACUGGCAGACUGCAUGAUUUAUCAUCCAACAACUUUUAAAAUGAAAAUAAAAUUGAA